CUGCGGUGCGAUAAGGGCUGGUUGAGGCGGCGAUCGGCAGUUGAGAGUGAAGCGCCGCGCCGCGCCGGUGACAUGUGCCAGUGACUGCCAUGGUGCUGUGUCCGCCCUUCCGGUGGGCCUCCAAGGGAGGGUUCAACCUCUCCACCGUCCAACAAAAGCAAAAUAAACAUCGUGACACUAUAAUCAAAAUAUCCGAAGAUCCACCACCGGCAGCAAAUGGCGAUGCCAACGGAAUACCGCCUCAGAACACCAAAAGCCUCUCCGUGGACCAGGGGCCCUCGCCGAAGAAACUCAGCGACCUGAGCAUACAGAGCGCCAAGUCACACUACAGCAAAGAGUCCGAUCUAGUGUCUAGUGAUGGUCGCGAGAGCACCACGGAUGGUCCGAAGACAGUGUCGGAUAUAGUGGACAGGCCCUCCCAGUCGGAGCCACGUAUGGAACGCAAGCGAGGAGUCAUCGCGGCACCGACGCCCACUGAUACUGACACUGUACGGUCUACCUCUGAUCUGCAGUACGCCAAAUAUGAAAAGGACAAUGACUCAAAAGAGCUAAUCAAGCGUGCCAUAAUGGCGAACGACUUCCUCAAGAACUUGAUGGACGAGGACCGUCUGGCGGCCGUGGUGGAGGCCAUGAAGCCGCAGGAGUACUCCGCGGGCAGCCUCAUCGUGCGAGAGGGGGAGAGCGGCAGCCACCUGUACGUGUCCGCCUACGGACAGUUCGAGGUGCUGAAAGGCGGUCAAGUGGUCAAGACUUUCGGGCUUGGAGAAGCUUUCGGAGAACUGGCGAUUCUGUAUAAGGCGAAGAGAUUUGCGUCCAUUAUUUGUAUAACAGAGGCUAAAGUAUGGACGCUGGAAAGGCGAGUAUUCCAGAAGAUUAUGGUCCGCAGUGGCCGUCAGGAACAAGAGGACAACCUUCGUUUCCUGUCCUCAGUGCCGCUCCUACAAGGAAUCAAUCCUAUAGAGCUGGUCAAGAUGUCUGGCUUCCUCAAACGUGAAUUCUUCUCGGCGGGCACCGAAGUGGUCCGUCAAGGCGACCGGGGCGACAAGUUCUACAUCAUCCGCGGCGGCGUGGUGGUCGUGACGAAGCGCGACGGAGAGGGGGCGGAGCGGCAGGUGGGGGUGCUGCGCCGGGGGAACUACUUCGGAGAGCAGGCGCUGCUGCAUGAGGAUAGGCGGCUGGCCACCGUUACCGCGCAGCCGCCUGGUGUGGAAUGUCUGACGCUGGAACGCGGGCCGUUCACUGAAUUACUCGGAAACUUAAAUGAAUUGAAGAAUAUCCGACACGCCGUGCCGAGGCCGUCACAACAAAAGAAAACGUCUAAAGUCAAAACUGAAUUCGAGUACAUAUCCCUGCAAGACCUGGAGAUCGUGGGCACUAUGGGCGUCGGCGGCUUCGGCCGAGUGGAGCUGGUCCAGUAUUCCAAGGACAAGUCCUUGACCUUCGCGCUCAAGUGCCUCAAGAAGAUAGAAAUGGUGCAGCAACAGCAGCAAGUGCAUGCCUACAAUGAGAAGAACAUAUUGUUCUCCUGCCAGAAUGAGUUUAUAUGCAGACUGUACCGAACGUUCAAAGACAACAAGUACCUCUACUUCCUGAUGGAGCCGGUCCUAGGGGGCGAUGUGUGGACCAUCCUGCAGAAGCACCGGUUCUUCCCCGAGAACACCGCGCGGUUCAUGGCCGCCUGCGUCAUCGAGGCCUUCCAGUAUCUGCACUCCAAGGAUAUAGUGUACAGGGACCUUAAGCCGGAGAACUUGAUGCUUGAUGAGCGCGGGUAUAUUAAACUUGUGGACUUUGGGUUUGCUAAGCAGCUGACUCCAAACACGAAAACAUGGACUUUUGCUGGGACACCUGAGUAUGUGGCUCCUGAAAUCGUGUUAAAUAAGGGACACGACCGCGCAGUGGACUGCUGGGCUCUAGGAGUGUUCAUCCACGAGAUCCUAGUAGGCAAGCCGCCCUUCCGCGGCCCUGGCGGAGACCACAUGAAGACCUACACGCUCAUCUUGCGAGGCAUAGACGCAGUCUCCUUCCACCCUCGCGUCACCAAGUCUGCGCAACUGCUUAUAAGGAAGUUGUGCCGAGCGGUGCCGGCGGAACGACUGGGAUAUUUGAAGAACGGCAUGGCUGAUGUCAAAAAUCAUAAAUGGCUGCUCGGCUUCGACUGGGAGGGGCUCCGGGAGCGCCGGCUCAAGGCGCCGCUGGUGCAGCCCGUGGCCAGCAAGACUGACCUCUCCAACUUCGAGAAAUACUCCAAGGACAAGCUCCCGCCCGACGAGGUGUCAGGGUGGGACGUAGACUUCUAGUAUCAGUUUUAACGGACACUUACAAUGUUUUUUGUUCG